AUGAAUAAUUAAUUUUAGUAUUUUUAUAAGUAUUAAAAAAAAUAUCUGUAAAUAAUAUUUGAUUACUUAUUUAUAAAAACAAUUAGAAUUUUCACUUAACUUCUAAAUUUAUUUUUCGAAUUUAUUUAAACUUAUAAACUAGCUUAUUUUAAGAUUUAUUCACAGCUAAAAAUGAUGUCAUAGUCUAUUUAAAGCUUAAUGAAAUGUAUGAAAAUGUAUAAACCUCAUUUAAUGUUAAAGUAAAUCUAAAAUUUUAGUGCUUUAAAUGAAAAAGAAUUUCAAACAAUAUACAAAUAAGAAUCAAACGAUGUGAGAUCUUAUAGUUUGAUAGGUGCUUCUUUUCUAAGCACUCUUUUGACUGAUUAGUUUGUUGUACCUAUGGCUUUAAGCGGAAUAGGAUUCACUACAUUACUUACUUCUAGUUUCUUUGUAAAUGAAAUAUAAUUCAAUUAGUAAGAUUAACAAAUGAUAUUAAAGCAAAAUAGAAGAAUGUUGGUUUUUAGACCUAAUAAGCAAACUAUAAAAUUAAACUAGCUAAAUGUAAUGUAUCUUGGUAGUAGCUUUGCAAUAAUUAAUAUAAAUAAUGAUGAUGCAAUGAAAACAUAUUUGCUUCCUCUUUCUAAAGAAGAUAAUAAAUAUCUUAUUCAACUCUUGUAAUAAAGAAAAAAUCUUUGA